UCUGUGUGGACUGAUUUGGACUCCGUCCAUGAUAUGUUCUACCUAUGUAUGUACAUAUUUGAUGUUUUAUUCUUUUAAUUCUUAAGUCCGUGCUUUUAUCACGUUGAAUCUCAUACAGCAGUAUAGUCUGCUUUGCAAUUACGUUGGAUUAUAAGGAGGUGUAUGACAAAUUUAAUAAUGGCGCAAGGUGGGCGAUUGGGUCUAUUGCGAACAACUAAUCUAUUGUUGAAAGAUAAUUGCAAUCAUCCCGUUAUAUUAUCUGGAAAGAGAUUAAGUUCAUGGUGGUCCCAUGUGGAAAUGGGGCCCCCAGAUGCAAUUCUGGGGGUCACGGAAGCCUACCGAAGAGAUGUAAACCCAAAAAAGAUAAAUUUAGGUGUUGGAGCUUACCGUGAUGAUAGUGGUAAGCCAUUUGUGCUUCCCUCCGUUAUUAAGGCUGAGCAGAGAAUCGGAGCAAAAGGAUUAGAUAAAGAAUACUCGCCAAUAUCUGGCAACAGUGAAUUUUGCAAGCAUAGUAUUCUUUUAGCACUUGGCGAGGAUAAUGUAGCUGUAAAAAAUGGUCUUACCGUCACUACGCAAGGAAUUUCAGGAACUGGUUCCCUUCGUAUUGGUACCGCUUUUCUGCAGAGUUUCUUUCCUGGUAAUAAGGAAUUGUAUUUACCUACACCUUCGUGGGGAAAUCAUGUUCCAAUCUGUAAGCACUCCGGGCUUUCCGUGAAUUCUUAUCGUUAUUACGAUCCUAAAACUUGUGGAUUGGAUUUUAAAGGGAUGUGUGAUGACAUACUUAAAAUCCCUGAAAAAUCCAUAAUAUUAUUGCACGCAUGUGCCCAUAAUCCUACCGGUGUAGAUCCUAAGCCAGAGCAGUGGGCUGAGUUGUCGGCACUGAUAAAGAAAAAAAACCUAUUCCCCUUCUUUGAUAUGGCCUAUCAAGGGUUUGCUACAGGUGAUGUUACAAGAGAUGCAUUUGCAGUUAGAUUAUUUGUUAAAGAAGGUCAUCAUAUUGCUUUAGCACAAUCUUAUGCAAAAAAUAUGGGACUGUAUGGUGAACGUGUGGGAGCCUUUUCUUUAGUAACAUCGAGUAAAGAUGAAGCAGAACGUACAAUGUCUCAGAUAAAGAUUUUAAUUAGGCCAAUGUAUUCAAAUCCUCCAAUUCAUGGAGCACGCAUCGUUAAUGAAAUAUUGGGUGACAAAGAAUUGAACCAAGAGUGGCUCAAAGAUGUGAAAACAAUGGCUGAUCGUAUUAUUUCAGUUCGUACUAAAUUACAAGAUAGCCUUAAAAAAAAUGGAAGUUUACGUAACUGGUCCCACAUUACAGAGCAAAUAGGAAUGUUUUGUUAUACAGGCCUGACACCACCUCAGGUUGCUGCUUUAACAAAGGACUUCAGUAUAUAUUUGACAAAAGAUGGUAGGAUAUCAAUGGCUGGCGUUUCGUCCAAGAAUGUAGAGUACUUGGCUUAUGCGAUACAUGAAGUUACAAAGUAAUUUGAGAAAACUUAAAAAGUUUAAAAGGUUAUGACGAAACCACUGUCUUGUGCUGUUUUCGCCGAGGUAAUCGCUGCGUGCUUUAGAUUAUUUAUAUUUUAUCUAGAAUGUACAUUUAUUUUUGCAUAUUACUUCUAUAAGCACUGCAGGCAGUGAUUUGUACAAAUCUAUUUCCAUUUUCUGUCAAGUUUACCCUAUACACCAUAAUGAACACUGUAGUUAUAUCUAUUACAUACAAAUGUUAAUAAUGAACUAUUUCAACUAGAAAAAAUGUGCAUUCAGUUGAAAAAAAAAUAAACCAGUCAAACAUGUUA